CUGCAGAAAGUCUACGUCCAGCAGUGGAGCAGCAGCAUCUUCUUCGUGGCCGACCGGAAUCGGACCCUGAGUUCCUGUAAAAAGGACCUGGACCGCUUAAAGAAGGAGCUGCAGGACCUGUGAGGCGGAGGCGGCCAUGUGCGGCAUCUUCUGUGCGCUGAGCCCACCGGCGACCCGGAUCCAGGAGGACGCCGAGUUGCGGGACUUCCUGCGGAGCAGAGGGCCGGACUCUAGUCAGGACCUGACGGUCUGCGGGUCCGACCCGGGGUACCGCUGCUUCUUCUCGGCCCACGUUCUCCACAUGAGGGGCCUCCUGACCCCUCAGCCGCUGCGGGACGGUGCCGGGAACGUCCUGCUGUGGAACGGGGAGGUGUUCGCAGGCCUGGAGGCGGAGCCUGAGGAGAACGACACUGCCGCCGUUUCUGGGAGGCUGGAGUCCUGUAGAACCGCUGCAGAGGUCCUGUCGGUUCUGGCCGAGGUCCGCGGGCCGUGGGCCUUCGUCUACCACCAGAGGGAGCAGAACUUCCUGUGGUUCGGCAGAGACUUCCUGGGUCGGCGCAGCUUGCUGUGGAGAAGCACUUCCGGGGCGCUGGUUCUGAGCUCGGUGGCGGCUCGGCCCACCGGGUUGGACGGGGACUGGAGGGAAGUCCCGGCAGCCGGAGUGUUCCGGGUGGAUCUGGAGGAGUUCGGACGGACCGGUUCCCUCUCAGUGGAGGCGUUUCCCUGGGACGGCGCCGCCGCCGCCGAGCCCGGAUCCUCUCCCAGCGACUGCCAGGUGGUUCUGAACAGGGACGGCCUGCUCCUCCCCUCGCCGGUCGCUCCUUUAAAUCUAUCCCUCCCUCCCCCCUCGGGUCGCACGGAACCACCUCCAGAAUCCCGCCUCUCAGCCUGGGAGGAUCUGCUGGCUGAGGCGGAGUGGCGGCGCGAUGAGGCGGAGCGUCUGAUCCACGUUCUGAGCGAGGCUGUGAGGAGACGGGUCCAGGUGGCGCCGCCCAGACCGGGCGGUUCCGCCUCCGUGGCCGUCCUCUUCUCCGGAGGCGUGGAUUCCAUGAUCCUGGCCGCCUUGGCGGACCGCCACGUUCCGGCCCAUCAGCCCAUCGAUCUGCUCAACGUGGCCUUCCAGCGCCGGGACCCAAAACCACAGAAGAAGAAGCUCCAGCAGGCGGCCGGCGCGCGGACGUCAGACCCGUUCGACGCUCCUGACAGACUCACAGGAAGGGCGGGUCUGGAGGAGCUGCGGAGCCUCAGCCCAGACAGGAAGUGGAACUUUGUGGAGAUCAAUGUGACGCCGGAGGAGCUGCAGGAAGCGCGGCGCCGGCGGAUCCGUCACCUGCUGCACCCUUUGGACACGGUGCUGGACGACAGCAUCGGCUGCGCCGUGUGGUUCGCCGCCAGGGGGGCGGGGCUGGUCCUGGAGGACGGCGCUCCGAGGGCCUUCACCUCCUCCGCUAAGGUCCUCCUGUCUGGGAUCGGGGCCGAUGAGCAGCUGGCAGGUUACUCCCGUCACAGAGUCCGCUUCCAGACAUCUGGACACCAGGGACUCCUCCAGGAACUGUCCAUGGAGCUGGCCAGGAUCUCCUCCAGGAACUUGGGCCGAGACGACCGAGUGAUCACGGACCACAGCAAGGAGGCCAGGUUCCCCUACCUGGACGAGGAUGUGGUGAGCCUCCUGAACUCCCUCCCCAUCUGGCAGAAGGCCGACCUCCGGCUGCCCCGCGGCGUCGGGGAGAAGCUCCUCCUCAGGCUGGCGGCGCGGCGGAUCGGCCUCGGCCCGGCGGCCGUCCUCCCCAAGAGAGCCAUGCAGUUUGGGUCACGGGUCGCAAAGAUGGAGGACACCACUGAGAAGGGUUCGGAUAAAUGCAGAAGAUUGUGAUUUUUUUGAUGGAAUGGAAAUAAAACCAGUUUGUCUGAA